AGUUGUGAAGCAGUGUGUAUCUAGAGUGGGCCGGGAGCUGAACUCCCACACGGAGCUCUGAGGCGGAUCAGUAAAAGGAACACACAGUGAAUUUCAGUGAAGUUCUCGCUGAUAAACUAACAUUACAGUCAUUUUCGUGAUGAGCGACGAGGAGCAGGCGAAGCAGCAGCAGUUUGUGGAUGUCUCGGCCCCGCUGUCCCCCGCACCGGGCGGCAGGAGGCAGCCCCGCAUGCCGAAGUGCUCCCGCUGCCGGAACCACGGCUUCGUCUCCCCGCUGAAGGGCCACAAGCGCUUCUGUAACUGGAGGGACUGCCAGUGCCAGAAGUGCAAACUGAUCUCGGAGCGCCAGCGGGUCAUGGCCGCGCAGGUGGCUCUGCGUCGUCAGCAGGCUCAAGAGGAGGAGAUGGGCAUUUGCACCCCAGUGAACCUGUCUGGUAAUGACAUUGUGGUGAAAAAUGAGCCGUCCAAUGAUUUUGUGUUUCCAGUAGGAACAAGAUCCCCCUCUGCCACUUCUCCUACUGCUUCAGGUCACGCUACACUGUCCCCGGGUCCCAUCUCUUCCAGCAGGGGACACUCUGAUGCCUCCACUGACCUGGUGGUGGACACUUCCUACUACAACUUUUACCAGCCCUCCCGCUACCCAGCCUACUACAGCAACCUCUACAAUUAUCAGCAAUACCAGAUGCCCAAUGGAGAUAGCCGUCUGUCCAGCCACAACGUGUCCCAGCAGUACCGCAUGCAUUACUACUCUGCAGCUUCUUACCUCAGCCAGGGCCUGGGCACAGCUGCCUGUGUACCCCCAAUUUUUACCCUGGAGGAGAACAACGCCUGUCCUGAGCUCAAAACUGGAGCAUUCUCUGCUGAUGGAGCUCACGACACCAGCCUGACCUGCAUGUCCAUCAACCCUAUGGUGAAUGCUGACAACAAGCCUGAAUGUGAGGCCAACUCUGAUUCUGGAGCUUUUACUGUGGAUUCCAUCAUAGAGGGAGCGGCCAAGUGACGUAUCUGAGAGCCAGCUGCACAAGACGUACUGUGAGCCAGUGGAGUUAAGGCCUUAAUGUGUUUGAGUUAUAAGCUAAGGUCUAAUUGUGCAAAUCCAUUUUGAGAUUCUGUUCAUUUGCUACUUUUCUUUUAUCCACACUAUCGGUAAGAUAAAAGUUUUAGAACACCUCUAUUAUUUAAUUGUACAGUAGCAAUGUUAUAUUUCCCACACAAGCCAUUUUUUUAUUUUCGAUCUUAGCAAUGACUUUAUUACCUAACUUUACCUGUCAGAUGUCUAAUUCUUCUCUUCACUGCUGAAAACUGAGACUUAAUCCAAUGUUAAACUGAGCUAAAGCCGAUUCCGUGUGGCUCAGCCAAACCUGAAUCUUCCCGUAUUAGUUUUCUUCAGCUUCAAAGAGACAUUUGACGUUGUUGGAAAUGCUUCUGUCUGGCAUCAUAUAUAAUUUUAAUAGUUAGAGUUUUCUGUGUUUCUGUAUCUUUUUCUAGUUAUUAUGAUGAAAUUGUGAAUGUGCUGUGUGUAAGUGUGUAAAUGCUGCAGUAGAAAGUGCAGUAACACGAUCUGUUCCAGCACUACUUUAAAACAAAGACUUUGUAAAGUGACAUUUUUUAUACUUAUCAGCUGUAAGCUGUUAACCGGUGAAUUGCUAAAAAGAACUUCCUUUUAUAAACAUUAUAUGAUUUUCUUACAAUAUACUUUAACAAUAUACUAAUAUGUAUUUUUUACAAUACUAAAAUUAGUGGAGUUGUUUUUCAGUUUUUAUUUCAUUUGUUUUGUAUAAAGACCAUGGCAGUACCAUUUGCGGUUAUUGUCUGGACAUUCAGAGCUUAAAUGGCAAAAAUAAAGGGAUAAAAUGUGGGUGUUCUAACACUUUUUACUGAUAGUGUACAUUCUUAUACAAAAAAUCUUAAAAUCACAAUUUUCCUAACAGAUUCAGCCAUUGAUCAAAUAAUAACUGAACUUUUUGUUUUUGUUUAAAAAAAAAUAUAUAUUAUGAAAUUGCUUCACGCUUAGGUCUUAACUCUAACUUACAAAUUCUUACAAUAUUGAACCUGUAAUAGAUUUUCAUGACAUGGUUAUGACAGUACUCCUGCUUUAUUUUCAUAUACAAUAUUCAAACAAAUUCUUUUUACACGUAAUACACAGGUAAUCUAUUUCAGAGUCACUGCUCGUGCCCUUAACCUCCUUAACCGUUCCAUCUAAUGCUGUAGAUUUACUUCAGCACCGUGCACCAUCCAGAGGACGGGAGAUGCAGGUAUAGGUUAGUAUGCAGGAAGUGAGCAAGGGAUACUAAUGAAUUAUGCCUCAAUCUCACUACAGCCAGUGCAGGGUUUAUUUAUGGCCACCGCACAAAGGGCACCAUUUAACUUGGGAUGAUUUGCAUCAAAUAUCCAACUCCUUGAGAGAGGUUCUUUACCACACUUGAGCUUCAAGCUGUGUCCUUUCGCCCUUGAUGCUAAUAGUGUUUGCAGAACAGUUCUUAAUUCAAGAAAAUAAAAACAAACAACACUGAACUGUGGCAAGUGCAAUUCAACUUUUGAAAUGUUUUAUUUGAUAUCAGGAAUUUAAAGUAUAAAAGACUAAAACAGCAUGCAAAACAAAAAACAUUGAAAUUGAAUUGGCUACACUGGAAUGAAUAUACUGUUUAAAUUAAAAGUAACUAAUUAAAUAGUUACUCUGGAAAAAAAAAAUAUUAAACUACUGAACAUAUGUGAAUAUAUUUUAUGCCCUCAUAAUGAACUUGUAAUUUUGACAGUCGUAUAGUUUGUAAUUACAGUGUAUAGAAAACUUUGCUGAAUUGAUAGAGCUGCAAAUAAAUAGGGAAUAAUAGCAGCACAAUUUAGAAGAUUAUCAAAUUUACUGUUAUUCCCUAAACCAAUUCCAUUAUACAUAUUAUAAAAGUUACUGUGGGAAUUUCCAGUAGGAACUUAUUUUUUUCCUUUUUUCUGCUUUACAUUUUCUGCUUUACAUUUGUUUAACACACAAUCUGAUCAAUUUAAAAAUUUGAAAAUAUAGUAUAAUGAAUGAAAUAUAAUAAUAUGAAAAGAAAAUGAAUAAUUUAAUGCAUUUGCGACAACCCCCAGCCCCUAAAUUAUGAUAUUAUACAUUCACUCUAUGGCUCACAUAGAGAAUGUGUAAAAUAUUGUAAUAUAUAAUAAUAAAACAUAGAAAAGAGGCUACAAAAGAUAAAAAUAUAAAGUCAAAUUCUUAAGUAAUUAGUGUUCUUUUCAAAAUAUUAUGCUUAACUUAACUAGUGAACUUCUAGUGUUUACUUCAGAAUACAUAAAAAUAAUUGUAACUUGAUUUUUUUGUUUGUUAUAAAUAAGCUAAAUGCAGUGUUUGAUAAAUAUUCUAUUUUUGCAUGAUUAAACUUGAUUUACUGGGUUAAUUUAAUCCAGGAAUAUUAUUACAGUUGAACACAACAGGAGAGUUAAUUGAACAAAUUAGCGUUAUGUUCGUAAUGUUCAUUUUGCUGUGAAGCUACAUUUUUUUUUUUUUUGCUCUUUAUUUUAAUCAGUCUGUAUCGGUAGAUAUUUCACAGAAUGUCGUAUUCUUUUAUAGUUUAUUCAUGUUGAGAUUUACUUUCCUAAUUAAUGCAGGCAAAAAACAGUUCUGUUACCUUAACCACUGCACUUUGUUACUGUGACUGACUGUUAUGGAGAUUCAUUUCAAAUGACAUGUUGCAAACUCAGCUGUUAUGACCGUUAACAUUGUUCAAUCUAACUAAUAAAACAAUGGGAAAGCUCA